UGCAUGAAUUCAUGCGGCAUGCCGCUGCUGGCGCCUAUUAUGUACAAACUUCCGAACAAUCUCGAGCCAACUCGAUCCUCUUUCUUUCCCUGUAUAAAUACUGCUUCAAGCUUUAGGUAAAGCUCCAUCCAUCCAAAGUCUAAGUAGUUAAGUUCCACUGCUAUAGCACUAUGUCUCCCAAGGUGACCACGUUGCUGCUGCUACUUUCCUCUCUCUUCGCCUUCUUGCAAGCUACUUCAGGUGCUGGGCCGCAAGAUGUGGGUGUGUGUUACGGAUCAUUCGGCAACAAUCAACCAUCCGCACAAGAAGCCGUGUCUCUAGCCCAGUCAGUUGGGAUUCGGAGGAUGAGACUCUAUAGCCCUGACCGUAACGCUCUCCAAGCCCUCAGGAACUCCGGUAUCGAAGUGAUUCUUGGCGUACCCAACGACCACCUUCACUGGGUGGCGUCCGACCAGAGGAACGCCCACGAGUGGGUCCAAGGGAACGUCAUAGACUAUUCCAACGUUAACUUCCGGUUCAUUUCUGUCGGGAACGGAAUCACUCCAUUCCACUCUCAGAACGCCCGGUUCGCGCAGUUUCUGCUCCCAGCAAUGCAAAACAUUCGCAACGCUCUUUCGGCGUUUGGAUUACAGAACAGAAUUAGAGUCUCCACCGCCAUCGAUCAAUCAGAAGUCCUAUCCCAAUCUUUCCCUCCUUCAAGUGGCAACUUCAGGCCCGAAGUUCGACAAUUUAUUCAGCCGAUUAUUCAGUUCCUUGUCAAAAACGGCAACACUCCGUUGCUAGUUAACUUUCACCCCUACUUCAGCUACAUCCACAAUAAGCAAGACAUUCCUCUACAAAUCAACAAGGGUAAAGGCAACCGAGACGCUCGUCUUGAUUACGCUCUCAUGAGGUCUUCCGACAUGUUGGUACAAGAUGCAUGGCUGAGGUACACGAAUGCAUUUGACGCCAUGGUUGAUAGUGUACACUCUGCAAUGGAGAAGGUGGGUGGAAACUCCUUAGACAUUGUGGUUUCUGAAGUUGGAUGGCCUGCAGCCGGAGGACCUGCAGCGAGCAAUCAAAACGCGGCGACUCACAACAGUAACUUGAUUAGGCAUGUACGCAACAGUGGAACACCGAAGAGGCCUAAGAAGCGUAUAGAGACUUACAUCUUUUCUAUGUUUGAUGAGGACAGGAAGAGCGAAGAGAAUCUGAGGCACUGGGGCAUCUUCUGGAAUAAUAAACAAGCCAAGUACCGGAUCAACUUUUAAAGACAGUAACUGAUAUUAGUGGACAUGUAACAGUUUGUAUGUAUAAUAAAGUUUGAACAUGUAUCUCCGAGGAUUGUACGUGACCACUUCUUAAUAAGAU